AUGCCCGUUGAAGGAGGUGGGGAUGCGAUAGACUUGUCCACGCGGUAUUGGAAUGCGAAUCAGCCCGGGACAACAUGGACAAAGGAGUGUCCCGAGUUUUUACUGGGCAUAAGUGAAAAGAACAAAGUGAUUUUGUCGAAGCGGGAUCAAGAUUUUGACAGAAUUACUUGGGACCGGUGCAAGGAGUUGGUGAGCCACAACACCAUUGACCGAUUCCAGCGCAAUGCAAGUCAGCUUCGAGCCUAUCUCGACUAUAUUUACUAUUUGAAGAAAGAACACGGGAGCGUACUGGAGUAUGUGAAAGAGUUUAGACUCAAGUGGGAGGACAUAACUCCUUCCGGGAAGCCGCCUUUUGAAGAUGCCAGUGACUGGAAGAUCCUAUACAAUGACUGGCCCUAUUACGUCGAGGAGGAUAUCACACAUCUUGUGGUGUGGACGAAGUUCACCAUCGAUGAGGACGAGCAAACCGGACUCGUCACACCAGAAGGGACAAGGCAAAUUGAGGAGUUUAUCCAGAGAACUUUCUUGCGUAAGGGUGUGACGAGAGAGCGGAUCGUCUGGUUCAAGAACUGGAAGAGCCUUAAGAGUGUACAUGCGCUGGGCAAUCGAUCAUCCUCUGAGGAGGUUCGCGACUCGGAAGGCGAGGAUACCACAGUCGUCGAGGCCGACCAGGGAAAUGCAGUGCUCUCACACAUCAUCUCCCAGCUGCGGCCUGGGGCUGAUUUGUCUCGAGUCACCUUGCCCACAUUUAUCCUCGAGGAAAGAUCUAUGCUUGAAAGAAUCACAAAUUUCAUGGCUCACCCCGAUACCCUUCUUCCGAUGCCGACCAUAGAUGAUCCUGUCCAGCGCUUCGUCGCGGUAGUCAAGUUCUACCUGAGUGGUUGGCACAUACGGCCACCGGGAGUCAAGAAACCCCUAAACCCGAUCUUGGGAGAAGUCUUCACCUGUUACUGGGACUAUCCAGACAAUACGCGGGGUUACUACAUAUCCGAGCAGACAUCCCACCAUCCGCCAAAAUCAUCCUACUUUUUCAUGGCCCCAGAACAUCAUAUUCGAGUGGACGGCACGCUAAAACCUCGAAGCAAGUUCCUUGGGAAUUCGGCAGCAAGUAUGAUGGAAGGCAUAUCUUACCUCAGGUUUACAAACAGGGGAAAGUCCAAAGGAGGAGAGAAAUAUAUCCUCACUCAGCCCAAUAUGUACGCCCGAGGAAUUCUGUUCGGCAAGAUGAAGUACGAAUUAGGUGACCAUUCUUAUGUCCGCUGUCCUGAGAACAAUCUGAUGGCAGACCUCGAGUUCAAAACAAAAGGAUGGGUCGGGGGCACCUACAAUGCCAUCGGAGGAGUUAUCAAGAACGACAAAACAGGCGAGGUCCUUUUUGAGCUAUCCGGAUUGUGGUCGGGCGAAAUGUACAUCAAGGACGUCAAGUCUGGCCAGAAGAGAUUGCUCUUUGAUGCCACGCACGCCAAACAUGCUCCUCCCAAAACGCGACCGAUCGAAGAACAAGGCGAGCGUGAAUCGCAACGAUUAUGGUUAAGUACCGUCAAGGCUGUCCAUGCCGUGGACCAUGAAACCGCCACGACAGAGAAAGCCAAGAUUGAAGACCGACAAAGAGAAGAAGCCAAGCGAAGGGAGGAAAUGGGUGUUGAUUGGCACCCAAAGCUCUUCCGAAGGGUCCACGCCGGUCCUGGAGGAUCUGAAGAAGGUGAAGAAGAUCUUGAAUGGGUCAUUAAUGCUCACCUAGAUACGCAGGAUCCAAAGGAGCUUGUGGACAGAAUACUUUCGAUAGCUCCCAUUCUCCCAGGACAAGGAUCAUUCGGACGGCGAGACUCUGUUAGGACUGCUCGAUCUACAGCGUCUAAUGGACCUACCAGCAGUGGUGUGCCAAGUCAUAAAGAUGCUCCCAAUCAAGGCAAUACUCAUGAGAAUCUCAUUGACUUUGACUCACAACCUGCUCCGGCGACGACGAAGAAGGAUUCUGUGAGCCCAGAGAACCCAAGGUCCGACCCACAGCAGGCUCCUGUGCAUCAGAGUACGACUAUCAACGCACCGAUCGGAAACACUCCGAAAAGUAGCAAUCUCAUGGAUGACGACGACGGUGGGCUGAAUGAGAAAAUGUCCGGGAUGAAGAUGCAAGAAGCCAUGGUACCACAAGGGAGCUCGAAGCCACUGAAGAGGGCAGAUACAGAGACCAGUGAAGUGGAUGUCUUUGUGGAUGCCGAAGGUUGA